AUGGAGACGUUUUCAUCAAUUCUGGGAGUUAGCAGCGCAAGUGGGGACUUCAAAUACAUCAAAAGGAAGCUUAUAGGAAGUGGCUCGUAUGGUGAGGCAUGGCUUGUUGAGCGUGUGAAGGACCACGCCAUCUUUGUGGCAAAGGUGAUGAAUCUGGAAAAGAUGUCACUUCGUGACAAGCAGUAUGCCUACAGCGAGAUCAAGUGUUUGGCAAACUGUCAUCACCCCAACAUUAUCCAAUAUCUUGAAGAUCACGAGGAGAAUGAACAGCUGCUUAUUGUUAUGGAGUUUGCCGACUCUGGGGACCUUGAUAGGCAGAUAAAGGCUCGCAUGGCUGAUACCGUUCGCCACUUUCAAGAGCAUGAGGCUCUAUUCCUAUUUUUGCAGUUGUGUCUUGCCCUUGAUCAUAUCCACAGCCAUAAAAUGUUGCACCGCGAUAUCAAAGGGGCGAACAUCCUUCUUACAUCUACGGGGCUGAUCAAACUGGGUGAUUUUGGUUUCAGUCGUCAGUACGAUGAUACUGUUUCAGGUGUAGUGGCGAAUACUUUCUGUGGUACCCCGUAUUAUUUGGCCCCUGAGCUCUGGAACAAUCAGAGAUACAGCAAAAAGGCGGAUGUAUGGUCGCUGGGGGUUCUACUAUAUGAAAUUAUGGCCCUCAAAAGACCGUUUACAGCCACCAGUAUGAAGGGUUUGAUGGCUAAGGUCCUCAGCGGUGACUUUGCUCCACUUCCUGAGAAAUUUUCUACAGACUUCAGAAGUCUCGUUGGCAACAUUCUCGUUGUUGAUGCGAAUAAAAGACCCAGUGUUCGGGAAGUUUUUCAGAUGCCCUAUGUAAAGGAGGGCCUUAAAUUGUUUAUGCAAACGGUGAAGAAGAAUACGCGAAUUGCUGAAUGUGUGAAGGAGUCUCUUAUUAAUCACGUGACGGAGAUUUUGUCUUCUGAGCCAGUGCCUGAGUCCAACAGUGGUUUGGUGGGGAAAAUAAACCACGAUGUGAUCUUUCGGGGCUGCGUGAAGAAACUUGGUGGCGGUGGUGGACGCUCGUGGAAAGAUCGGUACUUGCAGGUCGUUCGCGGCCACCUGAUCUUGUCAGAGAAUGAGUCCGACCAGGAGGGAAAAGCACUGAGCCUUGAGCAGGUUCAGAGUGCCUGUCCAGUGCCGCUUGGCACAGCCAAGAGGGAAUUUGUUUUUGCGCUGAACACCAUCGGUGGCAAGUCGAUGUGGUUUCAGGCUGAAUCCCAUGAAAAAAUGGAGAUGUGGAUUCAUGCAAUACAGUGUGGACUUGGUGUUUCUUGA